CAAAUUAACUCUCAUUCCCAAUUCCCAAUUCCCAAUUCCCAAAUCAAUCUGAGAAACAAAAUCAGUCUCUUCUUCUUCUCCUCUCUGGGACUCUGCCUUCACAGCUUCACUCCCAAAUCAGUCUCUUCUCCGCCGCACUCUACGUCUCCACCUCAGUCCUCAUUCGACUCCAGUCCUCAAUUCACCAGUUCACCUUAACCAUUAGCUGACCUCAAUUACCGCAUCCGUACGCCGUGCUGGUUCAUCGCUGCCAAAGCCAAGUGCCAAUCGCUGCUCAUCUCUGGUUCAUUGCCGUGCUGGCUCACGUAGUUAAAAUGAAGCAUAUUCUGAAGAUUCUGGCAUUGCUAGUGGCUAUUUCUGCCUGCUGGAUUGGCCUUUUACAAGUGUCAGUAAUUCCAGAGAGCUAUACGUGGUUGUUGCCGCUCUAUUUCAUUGUCUCUCUAGGGUGCUAUGGCAUCUUAAUGGUUGGAGUUGGCCUGAUGCAAUUUCCAACUUGUCCUCAAGAGGCACUUCUCUUACAUCAGGAUAUCCUUGAAGCCAAGGACUUCCUGAAGAACAAAGGGGUAGAUGUUGGUUCCAAUUGAUUAUCAUGCUGGAGUUUUAAUAUCAGAUAAAUAUGAGAAGUUUUAACUCAAAGGAGUAAGCAGGCAUAUCAAUUGAAGAAAGGAGCAGAGAUUUUUGAGUUUCGCUGAAUCAAGUUCUAAUAUUUGACUUGUCCUAAAUGCAUUGGUCCAUGAUAGAUUUUGGCAGCGCAUUAUUUGGUUGAGCUUUUUGUAUGAUCCGCCUGGUCAUUUUCAGAUGCCCAUAUGGAUCAUUUGGCUCCCCUGCCCCUUACUUGAAGCUUUUCUUGCUACUUCUCUAUGUUAGACAUUUUUUUUUUAAGGUAACAAAAUGAUUUUUGCUCUGUAUUGUAUACUAAUUUGAGUUGAUCAUGAACUAUCCUUUUCAUAAAAUGCUUACUCCUUGCCGAUGUUUUGUUUGGC